AUGAGUGCAUACAGGCUGCAGCAACUCAAAGGUCAUAUUUUGCCUGAAAAUAAGAUCACAGCAAUGGCAGGCUCACCUAGUCCUCUGACCACCCAUGUGCUGAAUACUGCGAUGGGCGUCCCUGGGUCGAACAUGGCCCUCAAUCUCUACCGACAGGACUCCUCAACUGAGGCCUGGAGUUUGAUUACCGCUGGGACCACUAAUGAUGAUGGCCGCUGCCCAGGACUCAUCACACAACAAAUGUUUACACCUGGUGUGUAUAAAAUGUAUUUUGAGACUGGUCAGUACUGGGCCAGUAUGGGGGAGAAAAGCUUUUACCCAUAUGUUGAGAUUGUCUUCACUAUAAAUGAUCCUGGCCAAAAGUACCAUAUCCCUCUGCUCCUGAGUCGUUUCUCUUACAGUACAUACAGAGGAAGCUAGAGAUCAUGGUUGGUGAGCAUCCUGAGGCCACCUCCCUCUGUCAGUGGUCAUUAAUAGGUCACUUCCACAGGAACAUUCAUCUCAGCACCUGUUGAACUGUCACACCUACUGACAGCACAUAAUACUCCAUUUGAAUAAAUUCAUAACCAACAUCAUCUUUGAAGUUAAACAAACCAUAUUACUUAUUUUACACUUAUGCUAUCAUGUUUAACAUCUAUUGUGAACAGUUUAAGUGAAAUAUUUAAUUAAAUAUGUUACAUGUUCACUGUCAAAUGUCUUUUUCCUUUUGUAAACUGUCUGAAUCCACCCACUAAUAAUUUUUUUUACCCUGCUAGUUCUUGUACAGUAGCAUUUUGCCCCAGAAAGUGAUUAUUACAAAGAUGUUUCUAAUCAACGCUUCUCACAUAUUUCCAGUGGUGGAAUACAACUAGGCUAAUUACAUUUACUCAAGUACUGUAAUUGUACAAUUUUGAGACUCUUGGACUUUGAGUGUUUCCAUUUUAUGCUUACCCCACGAGACUUCAGAGGGAAAUAUUGCACUUUUUACUCCACUGCAUUUAUUUCACAACUUUUAGAUCAAUAUAUUAUAGGCCAUGUGAAAAAAACAUAUGAUCAGUUAAUAAAAUAUGCAUAUUAGACUAACCCAACAAUAUAAACAUCUAGCAUUGACAAGAGUAAUGAUGUACUACUUACAUCAGUAUUAACAUUUCAAUAAUAUAAAUAUAUGAUAAAUAUAACACUAAACGGGGUCAUUUUGCAUAAUGAGUACUUUUACUUUUACUUUAAGGAGGUAGUGUUUUCCUGCAAUACGAAUACAAUUUAGAAAGAUUUUGAUUGCAGGGCUUCAGAAUCUGUUCAUUAACUGAGUAUGGCUAAUGGAG